AUGGAAAUUUAUACUGAAAAGGUCGCUCCUAUUUUGGAUAAGGUAUGUAAGACAGUUCAUUUGGAUGCUUUGGACGAAAAUGAAAAUUUAUAAGCUCUUGUCAAGAAGAUUCCUAUUCCCGUUAAGCCCAGUCACAUUAUUUUGAGUCUUUCUGCAGUUUUGGUUUUGUUAUCACUUUUGAAUGUAGGCUCUAGCUUAAUUUGCAAUAUUGUUGGCUUCAUAUAUCCUGCAUAUAUGAGUUUCAAGGCUUUGGAAACUACUGACAAUAAGGAUGAUAAGUAAUGGUUGACCUACUGGGUUGUUUACUCCCUCUUCACCGUUAUGGACUCUUUCAUUGGCUUCACUCUCUCCUUCAUUCCUUUCUACUAUUUCUUAAAGCUCGCCUUCUUCGUCUAUCUCUUCCACCCCAAGACUUUAGGUGCUGUCGUCGUUUAUGACAAGGUUGUUUAACCCCUUCUCAAGAAAUACGAAUCUGAUAUUGACUAAAACAUUAACAAGCUUGCUUCCAAGUGA